AUGUCCGUUUCGGUGAACAAUAGCAUUGAAGCCUGGAAAGAAACCGCAUUUUAUGGUUUUGUCAUGUUUGCUGUUCAGAAUAUUAUAUUGUUGCCUUUUCAAUCAACCAAGGCCAUCAAAUCCUACGAUACAACAUUGUUAGACAGGUCUUUAUUGUUGCAAAAGUUGUUGCCAGCGAGUUUAGCUCGACAUACAAAAGCUUUGAAACAACGGACUCGUCUCACGGAAAAGCUGGCCAGUAAAGCCAAUUAUAACUUACAUCAAAGCGAUGUUAGAGACAGAAACCUAUUUGAGUCUGGUGUGGAUUUAAUUAAUGAGCAGUGUGGAACAGUCGCCAUUACUUAUAUUAUUCGACCGAUGAAUGGUAAGCGAUUAGCUUUUAUUCAUCUCUUCAUUGCUGGGGAUGAAUGUUCUACGCUCACAGCUAGAUUUAAAUAUGUCAGACGUAAAGCUCUCAGCACUGCAGUGAAUUUUAUGAAAAUGUGA